GAGGAGAGCCAGCGAGCGAACGCGCGCGCACCAGAGCCGCUUCUCCGCCUCUGCGUCGAGCAGCCCCAGACAGCAGCGGCUGAAGCGGAGGAGACCCGCAGAGCUGCGAACGCGCCCGGCCGCCGCGAGCACGGCGGAAACCUCGCCGUCCCCCCCACGCGCGUCCCCCAGACACGCACCCAGGCAGAGCCGCGCUGGAACGCGAGGGCAGCCCGGAAAGCUUGAGCCGGAGCCUUGCUGCCGUUGACGCUUCGGCGGUCCCUCCGCUUCUCCACCUGCCUUCCCACGCCGCCCUCCCAGAUCCCUCCGGGCCGCCCGUGUCCCUCCAGCUUCCCGACCCAGCCUCUCUUGGGCGGCAGCGACUGAACGGAGACGCCAUGGGGAAGGAACCGCCGGGCAAGAAGGAGGGAUGCGAUUGCAAGCGGUUCCUGAAGAACAACUGGCUGCUUCUCAGCACCAUCCUAGCCGUGGUUCUGGGAAUAGGACUAGGAGUUGCUGUUCGAGAAUAUGGAAAGCUCUCCAACUUGGACAAAUUUUACUUUGCAUUUCCUGGAGAAGUUCUGAUGAGAAUGCUCAAACUCAUCAUAUUGCCAUUAAUUAUAUCAAGCAUGAUAACAGGUGUUGCUGCAUUGGACUCCAGUGUUUCUGGAAAGAUUGGCCUGCGAGCAGUUGUGUACUACUUCUUCACUACUGCCUUAGCUGUAAUUUUAGGGAUUGUAUUGGUUGUGACUAUCAAACCAGGAGUAUCUCAGAAAGCUGAUGAAAUUGACAGGAUGGGUAGCACUCCGGAAGUGUCUACAGUGGAUGCCAUGUUAGACUUAAUUAGAAAUAUGUUCCCAGAAAAUCUUGUUCAGGCCUGCUUCCAACAGUAUAAGACCAAACGUGAAGAAAUAAAAAUCACAAGCACAGAUAAAAAUGGAACCUUUCCUACAGAUGAACCAAUCACAGCUAUAAUGCCAACUGAGACCUCGCAGAACAAAACUAAAGAAUACAAAAUAGUGGGCAUGUAUUCGGAUGGUAUUAAUGUGCUUGGAUUGAUAGUCUUUUGUCUUGUCUUCGGAAUCGUUAUUGGGAAAAUGGGAGAAAAAGGACAAGUGCUGGUGGAUUUUUUCAAUGCCCUGAACGAUGCCACAAUGUAUAUAGUUCAGAUAAUUAUGUGGUAUAUGCCUCUAGGUAUUUUGUUUUUGAUUGCUGGAAAGAUAAUAGAAGUUGAAGACUGGGAGAUUUUUCGCAAAUUAGGUCUUUAUAUGGCCACUGUGUUGAGUGGACUUGCAAUCCAUUCUGUGGUAAUUCUACCACUAAUAUAUUUAAUCAUAGUGCGGAAGAAUCCAUACCAGUUUGCCAUAGGUAUGGCUCAAGCACUAUUGACCGCACUCAUGAUUUCUUCCAGUUCAGCCACCUUACCAGUAACUUUUCGCUGUGCAGAAGAAAAAAAUCAUGUUGACAAGAGAAUUACUCGAUUUGUUUUACCAGUUGGAGCAACUAUCAACAUGGAUGGAACAGCACUGUAUGAAGCAGUAGCUGCUGUUUUUAUUGCACAGCUUAAUGACUUAGAGCUAGACAUUGGCCAAAUAGUGACCAUAAGUGUGACAGCCACAGCCGCCAGCAUUGGAGCAGCAGGGGUACCACAGGCGGGCCUUGUUACCAUGGUGAUUGUACUGAGUGCAGUGGGACUGCCAGCUGAAGAUGUUACCCUCAUUAUUGCCGUGGACUGGCUUCUGGAUCGAUUCAGAACAAUGGUUAAUGUUCUUGGUGAUGCCUUUGGAACUGGAGUUGUGGAAAAACUCUCCAAAAUGGAACUAGAGCAGAUGGACACCAUCUCUGAAGUUAACAUUGUGAAUCCUUUUGCUUUGGAAACAACCGACAGUGAGGAAAAAGAGACAAAAAAAUCCUAUGUGAAUGGAGCUUUUGCAGUUGAUAAGUCUGACACCAUAUCAUUCACCCAGACAUCACAAUUCUAAAGUCGAUUGACUAACAGAGGACCACAUUGGAUUAAAGGACAUGAGAGACCCUAAGUCAAUCCAUAUCUUGGGAUCAUUACACUAUCGAUUCCUCAUGCUGUUCUUUGUCUUCUGCCUGUAUUCCUACAGGCAUACAGAGAAAAGAAUAUAUAUCUAUAUAUAUCUAUAUCUCACAAUUCCCAUUUCCCUCAGCCAUUCAAAAACAGAGAAUGCAGCCAUUCCUCCUGUUGUACAGGCUGCCCAUACUAUAUUUCCCCACAACUGGGAACAUGGGCUCGUUCUUCCCAGUCAAUUGAUGAGAGGCAGCCAUCCAUGUUCAGAGCUGUGGAGAUUUCUUCAGGAGGCCCAAUACAGAAAUAUAAGUAUAUUCUCGAGCCUAGUUAUGUUGUCAGAAAAAAUGUUCCGUCAUAGUUGAGAAUGAAUGUUAGCACUCUAAGAUUCCUCAGCAGCACCUGUCUAAGAUUCUGAAUUGAAAUCUUUUAGCGAGAUUCAGAGGAUAAAUACAUUUCUUUGGGACAGAUUGUCUUUGGCUCGUAGUUAUCACAGGAUUCGGUCAUUGUGUACAGAUAUAUGAAAAAGCCAGGUUAUAAAAAUAUUAAUCUUUUAAAAAGCUGUGUCGUAUUUCUAGGGAUUCUUAGAUGUCUGCUUACUAUGACCAUUCCCAGAAGUUGGAGCAAUGAGCUGGAACAAGCUAUUUAUGAGGAAUAAUAAAACAGUAUUUCCAGAUGCACAGAAUUCCAUGCACAGAAUUAUUUUUUAAAAUGAUAUCCUCACUAUUCUUAUAUUCCAAUUGCUACUGAGACAUUUCUCUUUAAAUUGAUUCUGUGCAAAAAUAAUUACUCCUGUAGCUAAUUAACUAUUAAAUAGAAAAAACAGAAGGAUAGUUCUGGAGUAAGUGUGAAGUUUUUGAAAAUAUAUGUGUAUUUUUAAAUCUUGUUGUUGAAAUUGGAAAUUAUUACUUGAGAACUUUAUAUUUUCAUUUCCAUUAGAAAUUACAGCUAUGACAUAGUGGAACUUCUUGAAUAAUCCAAUCACAACAGCUUUGCAGCAAACUACAGUAAACCCUAAUAAUGUAGUUUUCCUCAUUUGGUAAUCUUCUUUUGGAAGCUGUAAGACACAAUUUUAGAGCUUUCUGUUUGAUAGAGGAGAUAAAAGAAUGCAUUUCAUGGGUAUACAAGCAAACUAUAAUUUCAUAUCUUUCCUCUAGUCUCCUGUCCAUUCCAAUCCAAAUUCCUUAUGUGUCAUUGCAGAUGCUAUUCUAUCGAGGGAGAGGGUGUAAUUGAAUACAACCCUAACUUCACAGCUAUUCACUGAAUGGCUUAGAGAAAAUGUAUGUUUUUAAAGUAUUGCAUUUACUGUAUGUGAUUCACUGCAUGUUGUUUGUUUGCUUCUUUGUUUAAUCUUGUAACUGAAUCAGAAAGCUUGCAGUACCAAAAUACAGGUCUCAUGACCGAGAAGCAGGCUUAUGGUGAAUUAUAUACCAGCUUGUCUACCAGCAUAUACACCUUGACUGGUGAAAGAUAAAAUAGCAGCCUUUUAUGAAAGUUCAUAGUGUAGAGUAAUGGAGAUGUAUUCUCAUAUGGACCAUUUGAGUGUGAUUUCUUUAUGAAAACAUUCCGUACUGUUAAAUAGUUCAUCUAGUUAGUGCUUAACACCAAUACCUAUGGUGCAGUUUUAUUCUCUCUUGAAAAACAUUAUUGCAGAAGAUAAAACUUUUCUUUGGACAUUGCCGGUUAGCUACGUAACACAAACUGAAAUUCAUAGAAGAUAAUGAUUUUGUAAAUAAGCUUGUGCUAAUUUGAAAAAAAUGCACUUAAUUACUAUCAACGAACAACGAAUCUGUAGCCUUAGACAGUCUUACACUGUUCUGUUCAAUAAAUAAUCCAGGUACGUGCCAAAGAACACUGAAAAGUAACUAUUCAAAUAAUCAUGUUUUGAUAAAUUGCACCUUAAUUGUGUGAAAGGCAUAAUACUGUACUGUAUGUAUUUAAAUAUAAUAAGCUAUAAAUGAAAUGCGCAAAGUGCAAACAUUGAUCUGUUUGUACAAAUAAAGGAGUGUACAGUGUAAAUCUUGUGCAAAAUUAUUUUUUAAAAAACAUUUGUACAGCUUUGCUAUUGUUAGGGGGAGAAAUGUUCUUAAUAGUAUUUUGCCUUUUCCUUGCACCCUUCAAUACUAUACAUGUUCCCUUUCUUUGAUUUCAAUAAAUAGUUUGAUCAUCCAGUC